UGGCUUGCUCAAUGUGCCAACACCCACUCCAUGUGUCGUCCCUAUAUCUCCGAGGGCAUCCGGAGCAUCAGCCUCAUCGAUGUUCACACUCGCAGGCUGGUACCAUACCAACAAGAGUGCGACUACAUGGCCUUGAGUUACGUUUGGGGCCACACCAAUUCAACGACUUUCGACCGCACCGCCGUGCUUCCUCGAGAUCUGCCGCUGACUAUUGAACACGCCCUCAAUGUCGUACAUCGACUUGGCAAGCGGUACCUUUGGGUAGACUCCCUUUGCAUUGAUCAAACCGACAUGGAAAACAAAAUGGCUCAGAUCGCGAUCAUGGAUCUCAUAUACCAGGGCGCGUUCGCGACCAUCAUCGCUCUAGACGGUACGGAUGCCAACAGUGGGCUUUCAGGAAUGGGGCCAAAGGCAAGCCGAGUUCCGCAGGUCGUCGCAAAAUUUGGAAGCUGUCAAGUAGCCUCGAGGUGCCCUUCUUUAGGGCAGCAACUCGAAAGUUCCCCCUGGAUGAGACGCGGAUGGACGUACCAAGAAAUGGUUCUCUCCCAACGCCGGAUCGUGUUCACGCAGCACCAAGUCUACUUUCGCUGCGAUGAAAUGUACUGCAGUGAA